UUUUUGGUUCCUUGAGAUUUAGGAAAUUCAAUCAUAUGCCCAAGAUAUAAGAUGAAGGUUCUCAUCAUCCUUCAAAGCCUUGACUUUUCAUUGUAACUGUUUUUCCCAGUCUCCCUCUCUCAUAUACUUCAAUCUCUUGGGAUUAUCAAAUAAAACUAAAUGCCUAAACUUCGGGGUUUUGUCUCAUUGUUUUAAACUGUUUUUUUCAAGCUCAUCUAUUAGGUUUACCAGGCGAUGAACACUAAGACAUUCAACAGGGAAAACUAUAUUUCUUUGGUUUUAUCAUAGAUUGAGAUCGGUGAAAUCAGGAAGAAAGCAACAGAAGUUGGACUAAGUUUAUUACAAUCCUCCUUGUUUUAUGGAAAAAGAAAUUUGGUAUGGACUUGUUUUCCAUUAGGAGUUACAAUGAAUGACAAGAACCCAAAGUCAAGCUCUGGGAAAUUUAGGAAAUGGCUCAAAAGGAAGCACAAAAAGAAACAACCUGAUCCUUAUUACUUACAGGAUGAACUUUCAGAUGGAGAUGAUUUCAUGGAAGACAUUUAUGUUAGUUCGUUAGAGAUAGAUCCAUGCACUUCAACUAAUGAGUUAAGGAUUUUUGUAGGAACUUGGAAUGUUGCUGGAAGAGCUCCUGUAGGAAGUUUAGCUGUUGAUUUAGAAGAAUGGCUGAAACCCCAGGAUGCUGUUGAUAUCUAUGUUCUCGGAUUUCAAGAGAUUGUACCCUUGAAAACUCGAACGGUGAUAGGGGCAGAAGAUCCAAGAAAAGCAACAAAUUGGAACCUGCUAAUAGGAAAAGCACUAAACGAAAGUUCUGGUUGCCCUUGGUUGACUCCCAUGUUGAAUCCAAUCUCAAGUGACAGCUACCAUUAUGUAAGAAAUCCUGGUUUAGAAAAAAGAGCUAGUUUUAGUGCAAUUUGUGACAAUACGCGGAUGAGAGGUAAGCCAAUAACUCAACAUCGACAUCAUCAGCAAGCAGUCAUUGGAGGCAGCAAAUACAAGCUAAUGGCAAGCAAGAAAAUGGUUGGUGUUUUCAUAAGUGUAUGGAUGAAGGAGGAGUUGGUGACGAAAUACAGUGUUUCAAAUGUGAAAGUUAGUUCAGUCGCUUGUGGGAUCAUGGGUUAUUUGGGAAACAAAGGUUCAGUUUCAGUUAGUAUGUCAAUUGAAAGGACCAGCUUCUGCUUCAUUGCUGCUCAUUUGGCUUCUGGAGAGAAACAAGGUGAUGAAGGCCGAAGGAAUCAUCAAGUUUCAGAGAUUUUUAAGCGAACAAGCUUUCCUCGAUCAGCCAAAGAUGAACACAAUCUUCAUCCUCUCACCAUCUUAGGACAUGAUCGGAUAUUCUGGUUUGGGGAUCUCAACUAUAGGUUAUACAACUUGGAAGACAAUUUAGCUAGGCAUUUGAUACAGAAGAAAGACUGGAAAGCACUGCAAGAGUUCGAUCAGCUUCGAAGGGAACAAGAAGAUGGAGGAGUGUUCCAAGGUUGGAGAGAGGGUAACAUUGAAUUUGCACCAACUUAUAAAUACUCUUCAUCAAAUUGUAAUCGAUACUCAGGUGGCGUUCCCAGUAGAUCAGGAGAGAAACAAAGGACUCCAGCAUGGUGUGAUAGAAUUCUGUGGUAUGGAAAAGGAGUGAAACUUUUAUCCUACUUGCGAAGUGAAAUUAAGUUUUCCGAUCAUCGGCCGGUCUCUGCCCUAUUCUCAACUCAGAUAGAAGUCAACAAGUCUAGCAAUCCAAGAAUUUUUUCCAAGGAUACCAUUGUUCCAAACAUUAUGCCUCCAGAACAGAUUAUCUUUCCGUUACAGGGGACAAGCGGAAACUAUGAAGAGGGUAAAGCUACGUUGCUAUCUUUGAUUGUAAAGGAUACAGAAGCAUCUUCAAUACACACGCAAAAGCUGUAGAUAAACCUUAUGAAAAUGGAUUCAGCUAAUUUAUUUAACAGCGGGGCCGGCUGUAAGAAGGCAUUAUUAUUUUACAAUCUUCUUUCUUCUCCUUUCCCUCUUGUUUCUUUGGACAGAGUUCCAUGACUGGUUAUGAGUUAGAUCCACAGAUGAAAACUAGUUUCUAUAAUUCAAUAAGUGAAAGUAAUAUUUAUCAAGACUAUAA